AAAAAACGAAAAUUAAUGGAAACGUGGACUUAAUUAAAUUUUGGGAUAUUUCGUGACAUUUUUAGUGCUUCUGUGAAAGAUAAUAAAUCCAUCGUGAAAGACACUGAUUGGAAAAAGUUAUGGCAGAGAGCUGGCCAACAGAAAAUAUCUAAUUUAAAAGAAGAUAACAAUCUCGAUUCAACCGAUACUUCGAUGAUAGAAGAUAAUGAGGUCAAAGCUGAGAACGUUACAGUACAACUGGGUACAACAGGUUUUCUCGUGUGUAAAGUAACAGGCACCGAUCGAGUUGGACUGAAUUGGAAUCAAAUAUCCUGGAUACGUCGUCGUGAUUGGCACAUCUUGUCAUCCGGAUCGCAUACCUACACGAAUGACGAGCGCUUCACAGUGUUGCACGCACCUGGCUCAAAUGUUUGGACAAUGCAAAUUAAAUUUGUCCAGCAACGAGAUAGUGGCUUGUACGAGUGCCAGAUAUCAACGGCAACUGGUAUAAUGUCACAUUUCGUGAAUCUACAGGUUGUUGUGCCAGAAGCAUUUAUUUUGGGCUCCGGUGAGCUGCACGUUGACAUGGGUUCAACAAUUAAUUUAGUUUGUAUCAUAGAAAAGAGUCCCACACCACCGCAAUAUGUCUUUUGGCAACGCAACGACCACAUGAUUAAUUAUGACGAUUCGCGACAUGACAUCACCAUCGAAACGACACCUGGUCCCCGCACCCACAGCCGUCUCAUCAUUCGGGAACCCCAGAUAACCGACAGCGGGAAUUACACAUGCUCAGCAAGCAAUACCGAACCAGCUAGUAUCUACGUAUUUGUUUCGAAAGGUGACAAUACGGCCGCAAUAUCUAAAAGGAAAGUAAAUUCUGGAAUCACAUCAACAUCUGUAGCUUUUAAUACCUGUCAUAGUUGUAUUUUAAUUAAAUUCAUGUAUUUAAUCCCGAGUGCAGUCCUAACUUUAUUGGCUAUUCACAGCUAACUGUAAAUACCAGCAAUAUUCAUCAGAAGUAUACUACUACGUGCAUAGCAAAAUAUCGAGAUGUUUAUUAUAGUAUUAUAUAAUGAAAGUGUUGAAAUCCAGCAGAGAGAUUUAUCAAAAUAAAUUAUAAUCAAGAUAGGAGAUGCAAAUAUCGAAUCGUAUGCGAAAGAAAAUCGUUAAUG